AUGCAUUCGGAAGAAGAUUCGAAAAUGGAAGACGAAGAAAUGCCUCGCACAGAAAGUUGGAAUUAUAAAAAGAAAAUUGAAUUGACGAUGUUACCCUUCUUGAAAAAGGCCUAUAAACACGUAGCGGAGAAGCAAAUCGACUAUGAAGAAGAUAAACCGACGACAGAAAGGUCGAGACCUAUUCAUCCGAACGAAAUGAUAUUUCCCUUGAUUUAUCGACAAAAUCACAUUAAUAGUAUGUUCAAGUUUGGAGACAAUUGGUACACUUGGUCGACGGAGAAACGGACGGACGGUUCGAAAGCUAUUAACUACUACAUUUGCUAUGACGAACCGAAACAUUGCGAUGAAGUUGGAUGGGAACGCACAGAUAAUUUGCCGAAAUGUGCUUUCCAAAUAGACUCCUUAAUGUCAGACGACCGCGCUUGCCUUAACACAUUUGGAGUGGAGCCACAUACAAACGGCGUAUGCGACGGCGGUGAACAAAUGAAGGUCAGCGAUAUCGUCCGUUCGUGCGGACCACGGAUAAGGUCUCUGUGGCGUUUCUUCCGUGUUGCUCGAAGACCAGCUAACGCUGCAAAACCAGCCGACGUUAACUCACUUAUAUGCGAAGAUGAAGAGGAAUGUUAUAUCACUAUCGAAUACAGAAUUCACCACGACCGAAUAACCUUUUCGCUUCACGAACCAACGAGGGGACAAACUUUUAAAAGCGCUCUAAAACGCGACAUUCUUACUGAGGAGGACAAUAAAGUGAUUGUCACUACAGAGCAUCCUAGAAGUAAUCACAGAUCGAAAUCUCGUGACGAAGAGCAACGGAAAAAAUUCCACAUGAGAUCUAGAAAGAAGGUGCAAGAAGGCAAGGGAGUGCUGAAAGAAAAUACCUCAGGAUACGCACAUAGAAGGACUCUUAAAAAUAAAAUCAAACUGAAAGACGAAAACAUAUCUGAAGAUGUCUCCGAAUAA